AUGAACCCCAUUAACAAUAAUCAAUUUGAAGUGAGAUCAGCUAAACGAAAGGUAACAACUGGACCAAAUGUGUAUCUAAACCCAGCGUUAGAUCUCCUUGCUAAUGAAGAUCCUAUGUGUAAUACUGCUAUGGAAGUAACACCAAAUAAACGCCGAAAGAGAACCACCAGCUGCAACAUAGUAGCAUUUGAAAAUACUGCUCUAGACUUGGGCAUUAGCAAAGCAGCAGUUAAUGAAUUUUUAGUGAGGGAACUUCAGAAUGUUCACAAAAAUGUCAGAGCAUAUGAAACUCCAAUCAAAACUGUAAUCUCAAAUGAGGAUACUGUUUAUGCAAAUUUGACUAAUAUUCCUCCACUACCCCCUAGAAAUCACAGUGGAGAUAUGCUUACAAUGGAUAAUUGUCAUAUAAAUGAUAGCACAGAUAUUGACUCGGGUAUCUCUUUCGUGGAACAAAAAUCUUCAAAUGAACUGGAAAAUAAUGAUUUGUCACUUAUUAACAAAACAACUAACAUACAAACAAAUGUUACAAAUCAAGUCUUUAUAAAUAACUCUAAUAAUCUUAAUCUCAGUUUUAUUGAUAGACUUGCUUUGGAUUCACCACAACCAUCCAAUCAGUCAUUGUAUUUAGAUGAUGAUUUAAAUGAAAGCAAUAUAAUGGAAAUUAAAACUAUUACCAUUAUUACUAAGAAAAAGAUUGUUCCUAUUAAGAAUACAAAUCCAUUCCUUGAUCCCAAAUUAGAAACUAAAGUUGAAAGUACAGGAAAAAACCCAUUUUUGGAUGAUAUAGCUGUGCAUGAAAUGGAAUACAAUGAAGAAGCAUUAAACAGACCAAUGGACAUUGUAGUGCCAAGUAAUAAUUUACAGCCUAGAAGACUAUUUAUUAAUGACACAAAUAGUACAAUUUCCACCGUCAAUGAUAAUGAACACUCAUUAGGCAUAGAGAACAAUGAAUAUGAAAAUGUAGAAUUCCGUUCAGAAAGUCCUAUUUAUGAAAACAUUGAUGAACUGUUAAUUGAUUCACACUACAACAAACAAAGUAAAAUUUUAGGCCAUGACGUAUCCAAAUUCAAUUCAAUAGAUAUUAUGAAUUUAAACAAAAUGUCACAAGCAAAUAAUUCAUCAGAGUCAAAUGAUAAUAAGAAACAUUUAAAACACCAUCUACUUAAGGCAAGUAAUAAAUUGUCAAAAAAAGUAUUCAAAACAUUAAAAAAGACUUUUAAAUCGGAGAAGAUAGAACCAAAUAUCACUCUCAAUCCAUAUGAAGUUCCUCGUAAGCCUCCCAAAGAAAAAAUGGAUAAGAUAGAUUCAGGAAUUGAAAACCCUGCUUUAAAGCUUGACAAUUCAGAUGAUAUUGAGAUAGAAGAAUUGUGUGAAAAUGAAGAUGAACACUAUGAAACUAUAAAAACGAUAAGGAAUACGCGCCUUAAUGAAAAUGUAACUCCCUUAAGGGAAAGAUGUACUAGCAAUGAUUCACAUAAUAAAACAAACACACCAAGUAAGAAAGUGCGGUUUGAUUCAACACUUAAUAGAGAGAAAAUUAUAACUGGCGAUAGUUUUGAUGGUGACAUCCAAAGCCCUGGUUUUGACGCUAAAAUCGAUAGAUAUCAUGACGAGUUAGAAAAUUGUAUCAAUGAACGAAAGUUUAUCCAACAGAAUAUGUAA